AUGACAUCUUCUGCUUCUUCUCCACAGGAUCUGGAAAAGGGUGUGAACACACUUGAAAAUAUCGAAACGCUUCCCCAGCAGGGUUCCAUUGCUGGCGCUUCGCAGGGCUUUUCCAAUAUUCAGGAGAUAUACUCCGACAGAGACUUUAUCACUUUGGGGUCUUCCACUUAUAGGCGCAGAGACUUGCUCAACGCACUAGAUAGAGGCGAUAUGGAUGAAGGCAACUGCGCUAAGCAGGCUCCCCACCAGUUUGCUAAUCCGGUUCCUUUGGGUCUCGCAUCGUUUUCCCUGUCGUGUCUGGUUUUGUCGCUGAUCAAUGCGAACGUCCGCGGCGUCACUGAUGGUAAGUGGGCGCUAAGUUUGUUUAUGUUCUUUGGUGGAGCCAUUGAAUUGUUUGCCGGGUUAUUGUGUUUUGUCAUUGGGGACACAUACGCGAUGACGGUGUUCAGUUCUUUCGGCGGGUUCUGGAUCUGCUACGGUUAUGGGUUGACUGAUACGGAUAAUCUGGUUAGCGGCUAUACGGAUCCCACGAUGCUGAACAAUGUUAUUGGUUUCUUCCUUGCGGGCUGGACCGUUUUCACCUUCUUGAUGUUGAUGUGUACAUUGAAGAGCACGUGGGGCUUGUUCUUACUAUUGACCUUUCUGGACCUCACUUUUUUAUUACUGUGUAUCGGCACCUUCAUUGAUAACAACAAUCUCAAAAUGGCCGGUGGCUAUUUUGGAAUUUUGAGUAGUUGCUGUGGUUGGUAUUCGCUAUACUGUUCCGUGGUAAGUCCAUCAAACUCCUAUUUAGCCUUCAGAGCGCACACAAUGCCCAAUGCUCCUUAA